AUGAGCACGGGUGACGAUGACUUAUCGUCUGGAAUAAAUGGAAGAUUGAGGCCUAGGAAGUCUUACGUGUCCAGUCCACAAACAACCAAGACGACACGAAGAUUAGAAUCCAAACUUUCGCAUGAAAAACCCAAGCGUGUUUCUACCCAAUCCAAGAAUCCGCUUACUAAAUCUGAUGAUCUCUCUAAAAAGUCUGACUUUUCCUCUGUCUUAGAAUAUCUUUGCCCCUACUGCGAUAAAAAUUUUGUUUCUAAGCAAACAGCGUCUAAACAUACUCGACGUAUUCAUUUUUUGACUUCGAAACAAGGUGAUAAAGGUGUUAUCAAUUGCCUUUACUGUAAUCACUCUGAUCCUGAACCCAACAAUAUUUUCAAGCAUAUGAUUGAUAGUCAUCCAAAUCAAUACUUUGCCUGUCUUGAUUGCCACACAAGGUUUCUAUCAACAUCAGAAUUGGCUGAACAUAAACUAAAUGUCUGUGAACGGCAAAAACUACAUUAUAAAAGUAAAUUACCUCAAAAAUCAAACAGAGCUAGCAAAAAAUCUCGUAAGCUUGAUCGACAAGUUGUAAUACGGGACGAAGAAAGGCAUGGCUAUAAAAGCAUUGUUAUAUCGUGUGAACUUAAGCCUACUCAUGUGACCGACGCUGCUGAUAUUGAAGAUAACAUUACGACCAACUUAAUUUUGCCGUCGAUUAAUCAGGCUAAUAACAUUAUUGACAAAAAUGCGGUUAUACUACUUGAUGAUUUACAAUGGAAAAAGCGUAUACCGCAAAAUUUUUCAUUUCACAAUACCGAUACCGAUCAAAUUUUAUCAAGAUUGGGAGUGGUGCAUAGGUCUCCUAGAACAGGAGAAUCUACUCGUAAGGAUUGGUUUAAAGUCAUUGACGAUGCAACCCAGAAGUUUGAAAGAUGCUUCGAUACCAACUUUUAUUCUAAAGUCGCGAGUAAUGUACAAGAAAAUUUAUCUAAGUUUCUUGACGGUUCCUUCAAUUUUAAUCCAGAUCCAAAUCAUACGAUUAAACCAAGGAAAGCCAAAAAUAGUGUCCCUAUUAAUACAGUCGAGGGGUUUCCAAUUUUAUUAUCGUGUGAACAGUACUCACGAAAUAUAUUUGAUGUAUACAUGCCACGAGCAAUAGCACCAAAACACAAAUGGAAGUGGGACAACUUGGAAAACGACAGGAGCUCUUUUAAUGCAGACCAAAUAAAGCGGGAUUCACAUGUAAAUAACUGUAUAGUAACGUUGGUUUCAAGUCUAGAUAUUUGGACUCAACUAUGUAUGAGACAUAAAUUUGAAGAAAAGUUUAAAACUACACCUUUUGAGAAAAAAACUGAAAAGAAAAAAAUUAUAAGUAAUGAAUUAAAAGAAAUACUCGAAAGUAGACAAUUACCACCAUCAACGGCACAGGUUUCUCGCAAUUGUACGGCACUUGUCAAAGUUCCUAACAACCUCGAUUUUCCAACAUCAUUAGGUCUUACACCAUCUACUAGUAAAUAUGAAAUACAACCGGCAGUUUUGAGUGGAGAAUGGGUGAGACCUCGUUGUUAUGUAUGUUGUGCCUGUGGCGCACAAACAAGAGAUCCUCGAACUCUUUCAACACACAUUUUAACUGAACAUCCUAAUGCCCAAGUUCAACAUUACGAGAUACCGGGAGAAUUGUUGCUGAAUGCUGAUAUCCUUAGACAUUUGUAUGUACCACCCAGCCCUGUGCAAAAUAGAACCCGACCUCCAAGGGGUUUUCGAGAAUGCACUAAAUGCAAUAAAUCCAUUACAAUUGAAGAUCUACAUCAGCACAUGUUAGAUUGUGCCGGAGAUAUGCCAACAGUGAGAAGAAAAUGUCGAUAUCGCCAUUUUGGAGUACGAAAAAGGCGUACACGUAUUCAAGAUAGCCGAAUACGGAAAAAAAUUCGUAAAGACAUACAUCGACAAAAUGGAAGACCUAGACCAAAAAUUCGAUCCGAAGUUGGAGACGCCGAAACCAUCAGAAAAAUGAUAGCAGAUUUACCAGCAAAACGCCACCGAGUAACUCCAACAGGUUCAAAUUUGAGACCUAAAAAGAAAAUUAAUCCACAGUUAGAUCAACUUACUUUUAGUAAACGGCAUACAGAAGACAAUAAAAACAGGAGAUUCAACACUGAUAGUAGUACUAACACUACAUUCCAAGGUGACGGUGAACCUAAUAAUUUGAAAGAAAGUAAAAUUAUGAAAAAUAAAUUAACCCGUCGUAGCACGGUGAUUAUAAAUAAGAAAACAAACAAAACUCAUAGAAAUGAUGUCAAUAUAAGAUAUGAUUCUAGAAUAGAAGCUGUUAGUAAUCAACUAUCAUUAUCUUCAGAUAGUAUUGCAUCUUCAGCUGGUUCUAAGACACAAGUAUUAUCCCUCCAGAAUCAACCCAACAGGAUAAAUGUCAACUCUGGACCUUACAACACUCGAGAACAAGCAAAUGGAUCCAACAACGAUGGAUCUAAUAAUAGGGAGAAUCAAAACCCUGAGCGAAAUGAUAAUGAUGGAAAUUUUCGUGAUCAGGGAGCACCUCCCCAAAAUAUUCCAUUAAAACACUCGAUCGCCCGCUUAACGGCUGAUUCUGACACCCAUGAUAAAGCCGUCCAAUUUCAUCAUUUGUUUUUAGUGCAACAGGAAUGCAAUAAUGUAACGCAACAUGAUCCUUCUGGGCAACCAGUUUUCUUUGAAGAUAAAGCAGUUACUGAUAAACUUGAUAAACCACCUUUAGAAACUAAAGAAAAAGGUGAAGAUUUAGAUACGCUAAAUAACCAUAAAAACAAAUUAAAUAAACAGCGAAAAGGACUUAAUGAUUGUAUUGCUAUGUUAAAAAAUAAAUUGGUUGAACCUAGUAAGUCUCCCGAGGUAUCUAUACAGUGUAAAAUCGACGAAACACCAAAUCCUCCGCCGAAAAGAGUUAUAACCAAUCGCAACGAUAUAACUGUUCAAUGUCCAGAUGAUAAUCAAGCACCUGAAACCGUGAUAACUCCGCGCUCUAGAAAUAUAUUAAACAAAGGAAACAUUACGGAAAAGAAUGUUAAGUCAGCAUCCCGUAUAGCAAGCACAAAACAGAAAUCAGAAUCAGUCACAACACACAAAGUUAGUUUGAGUAUAAAUAUGGAAAAUAAACAUCAUGAUAAUCCUGCAUCGGUUGGUAUUUCAGGAACCUCUGAGCUUAGAAACUGUGAACGUAAUAAUUAUUUGCCUGUUUUUAAGAAAACUGGAAGACCGCCAAAAUACAAUGAAUCUGAAAUAAAUGCUAAUGCUUCAGAAAGUGUUCAAAAUAUACAAAAAAUUGAUAAUUUUGUUAGACGAAGUGUGACUCCUAAACGUCAAGCUAUACAUAUAAAUGUUACGGCUAAGGAAAGUAACAAUAUUUUAACGGUAAUAAAUAAGGAAAGUUCGUCACUGGAUAGAUCGGUGAUGCAAGUUUUGGAAUCAAGUCACAAGGAAGCACAUAAUGGACAUGAAAGUAUAAAUGAGUCAAUAAAUAAAAAUAAAUUGUAUAUCUCUGAAGAAAUACCACCUGCGCAUUGUAUUGUUGAUGCUGAAUCGAUAUCAACGGCACCGUUAGAUUUAUCGGGCAAAUUAUAUGUAAAUGAAGUGAUCGCCCAUAGCUCAAAGCAAGAUAUUUCAUAUAACAGUUCCGCUCAUGUAUAUGAAACUUUAGAUUUGUCAAAUAAAGGAAUAAAUAAAGUCUUUCAAAAAGGUGAUAUUAACGAACUAUCUAAUGACGAAGUCGUAGUUGAUUUACGAGUAAAGCCUGCGAUUCCCUCUACAUCUACCGCUUCUUUUAAUUAUGCAGAAGAUAUAAGUUACAACGAUAUGACAGCUACAGAUCUAUCAGUAAGACACACGGAAUUCAUGCCUACCGAUUUAUCUGUUAAGGGAAAAGGAAAAACUGGUCAUUUUAUUACAAUGACUCGUAAAGAUCUAAGUGUUAUGCGUCCAACUUCUAACUUCACUUUCUCCCAAAACGAUAUUAUCGGAUUAAAUUUAUCUCCAAAUGAAUUUCCAACAGAUUUGUCUCGGACAUGUUUAGAAGUAUUAUCCUCAAAACAAGUAAUAGGACAAGAUGCAAAUAAUACAACUUCAUCGCUUGACAUUUGUGAUUAUGAUAAUACAAAUUCACCAGAUUUUCCCUACGGCCAACAUAUAAAUAAAAAUAUUAUCACCACUGGAAAAAAUAUAACUUCCCACCCAAUUCCGUUACAAUAUAAUACAAAUGGAAAUUCAUAUAAAAUACAAUCAAGACAGAUGACAAUUCCAUCUGAAGUGCACAUUGAAGAUGAAAGAUUCUCUGCAGAUGAGUUUAAUCAAUCCCGAAAAGUUCAAUACAAUUUUGUAGAUGUUUCUACUAUGUCCGGGUCGUCGACUUUACUUGAUAAAGCACCCAUGAAUCUUUGUAAUCCUCUAAUAAAAGUAUCAAAUUGUGAUUCAUUGCAUAACAAAACUCAUAUAGCUUCGCAAGAAUGUGUCAAAACACUUGACAUUCUUAAUAUGCCUCUGAACCCAAAUAAUACGUCAAAUUUAAAAACAAUACUUCGGCCAUCCGUAAGCAUUACACCUAACUAUAUUAAUGCAACUGAACUUGCGAAAUCUGUAAAGCAAGCUGAUAAACAGAAUGCAUCAGAUUUGUCACUUCAACCUUCUAAAUCAAAACGAUCUCAGGAAAACCUGACAAAAAGAAACUAUGAACUGAAUGAAAGAAAUUCCUGUCCUAUUGACAAUGAUCCGGAAACUGCCAAGAAAAUAGCUUUGUUACCGAAAGAACUUGUAGACAUCUUAGGAAACAUGCCAGUUGAUCACCGCAAUCAGUUACUCAAUGUUCUUCCUCAAUACGUAUCAGUGUCAACAUCCGCUGCACCUAUCAGACACGAUGCUUUUAACGAUCCAAAACUGUCAUCAAGCCAUCGACACUCUCAGCCUUGCAAUGAAACUGAUAAUACAGAAAUUCCCCAAUAUUCCGGAAUGUCUAAGAGUCAACAUUCUAUUGUUGAUAGGUAUCAAGUUCCACAUCCUUAUUAUCAACCACAAGGAGAGACUAAGAAGUCUGAAGGUGAAUACGGCCAAUUUCAUGGUAGUAUAGAAGAUACAAAUAAAAGUUGCCUUAAUGACAAUAAGAGGCGCUCCAUUGAUCUAAGUAUGUGUGGUAUUAUUGAUUUAACUGAUGAUAAUGUAGACACAAUUUCUUGUUCUAUUUCUCCGGAAAAAGAAAACAAAACCGAGAGCCCGGUAGUAAAAGCAUUCGGAUUUAAAACGAAUAACGAAAAAACAGCAAGCUUACGUGCCGUAAGGAUUAAAGCACCAUCAGAGAGAGCUAAAUCGAUUAUAUUAGAAACAGAACUAAAAAAGAUUAUUCCAGAAAAAAAAUAUAUCGAUAGCCACAGCUCAGAUAGUGGCAACAAUGAUAUUAGCCCAGUAGUGCAGAAAUUUGAAACAAGUGUGACUAAAGCUACAAACGUACACGCCGUUUCUGUUGUUGAUGCUAUUUUAAGUGAACAAAUUGAUACACCUUUGACGUUAAAUCGAUCAGAACUUCUUGAUGGACAUAAUGAACCACGAAAAGAAAGAACGACAACCAAUUUCUUAAGUAAUGUUCCCUUGCAAAGUUUACAAACCGAUAUGGCAACAUUUAAUUCUAAAUCAGUUAGUAAAGACAGCGUUAACAUAUCAGAUUCUGAGUCACCAUUGCAGAACGACAGUUUGGAACGUCGGGAUAAUUCUCAAGAAGUAGAAAAAAUACUGGAAAGCUUCGACGAAGAUGACUCGGAAGACGACGUUUCUUUAGCUGUCAUAGUAAAACAAAAACAAAGAAAAUUAGGUGUACUUGAAACUUGUUCAAAUAAUGUCAAUAGCACAAAUAAAAACAAAUCUAUCACUAAUUACUCGAAAGAAGUUAUGGAUUCUCUGGAUAUUACGCCUGAGUUAAAAGAAUAUAGAGCUGGUGCAAUCUUUGAUAAAACAGAUAAAAACAAUUACGAGGAAAAAGGUUUAGAUAUCUCCAUCACUAGUAAACACAAGGAAACAUCAUGUAAAAUAUCUGCAAUAAUGGAGGGGAGAUCUAAAUCAGAAAAAUAUUUUAGUCCCAUAAAAAUCUUGAAGUACUCUCCGAUAAACUUUGAUAAGACGCUGCCUAGUAACAACGAAUCUAAUGUUCCUUUAAAUGAAAAAUAUUCCGAAGCCGUUCAAACAAGUUUAGGUGAUCAGGAUCCGCAUAGAUUAUCAUCAAAUAAUAACACUAUUGCUAAUGAAAUUGAGCCUGCAUCACAAUCAGCCUGUUUGUUAAAGCCAUCAACAUUUGAUCCAAAAAAAGAGAAAAAAGAAAAUCCUCACAAAAAAAUAGCUGAAAGUGAAAUCCGUUUGGAAAAAGAGAGAUUGUUUACUCCUCUUCGUCGCAGUAGACGGGGAAAAUCACUAUUAUUUGAUAAUAAUGGUGAUAGUUGUAAUUUUCAUAAUAUUGGUGAUGUCGGGGAGCUGCGGGGCCCAUAUACUAAAAAACAGUUAAUUUUCUCUAAAAUGCUCCAAGAUGAAGGAAACACUGUUGCAAAAGUCCCUGAUUCUGAUGACUUGCACUUGGAUAAACAUGUCGAAAAUAUGCCUCUUCGUCCACGUGAAGUAGAUUUUAGCUUUCCCGUGAAGGAAAAAUCACAAAAACGGAAAAAGUCGACUCACAAAAGAAAAAAGCUAACGAAAUUAAACGAAAUGGCUCUUGCAAACCCGAUCUCACUAAACAAAGUUGAAUCUACAGUUUUAGUCCCUGAUAAAGAUGAAGUAUGUAAAAUUCAGUACCGAGUGAAUAAUUCAGAAUGCGCCAAAUCAGACAUUCUUGCGUUGUCUAGUAUUAAACGUAUUGACUUACCUAUAAAAAGUGAGAAGAUAGCAGGAAAACGUAAAUCUAGUAGUUCUAUUAUCAAUGAACUUGUUUUGUCAGCUAAGGAAAAGAAGUUAAAAACAAUUAUUGAUGAAGAAGACAAUGCUAUUGGCCGUAAUUGUGACAACAAUACUAAAAAUGUUAACACCAAUGAUAAUGCUCAUAUUAUAUCUGCAGUGCGACGAUGUCGUUCAAAAUCUGUCGUAUCUCAAUCAACGUCUGAAAUGUAUUAUUCAUAUGAAAAUGUUUCAGAGACAAUACCUAAUUACAAAGGACAGUCGGAAUAUAAGCCAACUAAUCAAAAGAUCGUAAACAAAACAUCUAAUAAUGAUGACGUUGAAUUUGUUAAUUCUACAACGACUAGUAUUUUAAAUACUGACAUAGAAGGUUGUUGUAAGGAAAAACAAGAACAGGAGGAAGAAGCAACAACCUGGCAGAUCAUUGAAACAAAAGCCCUUUUAAGUUAUCCUGGUGAAUCUUCAAUAAGAGAUGAACCAUUGAAAACGCCUCCCGAAACGAAAAAGAAAAACUCUCGCAAAAACCAAGAAAAGAGUAAUAAUGAACCUUGUGAAACAUCAUCUAAAACACACAUGAAAACACUUUCUGUUACUUUAGAAGGACAUGGUACUAAAAACACUGAAAUUCAAGUUGAUGCCGAUAAGUUGGAUAAAGAAAAACAUAAAGAAAGCAGUGGAUCGUCUAGUAAAGAGUUUGAUUAUAUCGUUGAAUUAUUAUAUAAGCGUGAAAAAGAUGAUAAAAGAAAGCAUCUUAUUCAGGAAAAGGAGAAGCAAAACAAAUUGAAGCCUCUUGUCGAUAAUCAGAGCUUGCAAAAUGAAAACACAAAUCAAGCGCGUACUAUAUUUAAAACAUCGUCUAUUAUUGAUGCCGGAGAAGUUCACGAUCACGAAAAUGUUGGAAAUGUUGAAGUAGAUCCUUAUCAGAUGCCUGACAAAGAAGUAGAUUCAACAAGUGAAAGACGUCCCAAAAUUACCGGUAAACGCAAGUCGAUUAGUUCUAAUAACAAUCAACCAAUUUUUUCAUCAGCUAUAGCAAAAAAAAUAAAAACCACCAUGAAUGACGACAAUAUUAAUAUCAACAAUUGUUAUAGCAGUACCAAAUAUGCUAUAACAAGCAAUGAAAAUACCACAAACACUGUUUUGGAGAAAUCGGUGUCUGACACAAAUAAUUAUGAUUACAUUAAGGAUAAAACAGCAGUGACACCUGCCGUUUUAAAAAGUAAAUCUUAUGAUGAGGAUGAUUCUGAAAAGAGUAAUUGUCAUCGAAAGAUCGUGAGCUAUGAUGAACAGGUUAAACCAACUGAGUGGAAUAAUACUCCAUCGCUUAGUACUUCAUUUAGUUGUAUGGAUGAUAGUACCCAGAAAAAACAGGACGAUGUAGCCGCAGGAGAGCCAUCUGAAUCUAAAUUCCUUUUCAGUGAUUCUGAUGAAUCUUCAAAGAGUGAUGAACCAUUAACGAAAUAUAUUGAAGAAAAGGAGAAGAAAUCACAAAUGAAACAUCCGGAACACAAUAAAAUUGGAACGGAUAAUAGAUGGGUUUCUGUAUGUGUAGACAAACAUGAUGCUAAAACCACUGAAUUUAAAAGCGAUAAUAACGAUCAACUCGAUAAAGAAAAACUAGAAGAAAUAAAUACUUCAUCUAAUUUAGAUUUGGAUUGUCUCGUAAAAAUGACGCACAAUCGUGAAAAAACUGAUAAUGGGCACAAUUCCCUUCAGAAAAAAGGGAAGCAAAAUAUAUCAAAACCUCUUUUUAAUGAACUGACUUACGAAAACGAGAAAGAAUCUAGUAGUAACCUUGAAACACCUUACUCAAGUAAUGUUACGUACGGCGAGGAUUCUGAUUGCGAUGACGCUGGCCUUCAUCAGGUGUGUCGUGCUAAAGAUGUAAAUUUAGCUUUGGUAGAAAAUGAGCCGAAACUAAUCGAAAAACGAAAAUCUAACAGCUCUAAUAGUAGUGAACUUGUUUUGUCGGGUGAAACUAAAAAGUUAAAAUCGAAUAUUGAUGUCGAUGCUUAUUCUGAAAACAAUAUUAAGAUCAUUGAAAAUAACACAAAUUCUGCAGUGCAACGAUGUCGCCUGAAGUCCGUUCUAACAGAGUCGACGUGUGAAAUGUAUGAUCCAUAUGAUUUUAAUUUAUUACAUAAGGUAACUGAUGAAGAUCCGUUUUUAAAAAGAAACUCUAUAAAAAGGCUCUCUUAUCGAAGUAAAUUAAUUAAUACCUCUAAUAAUAAUGACGACGAUGACCUAAAUGAGUCUAACGCUCCAUCAACAAGUAUUUUAUACAAAUCUACAGCAGAAAAUUCCCAGGAGCCAGAAAAGCAAGGUGCAGCGACCCGACAAAUAUCUGAAGCUCAAACUAUCUUGAGUGAUUCUGAUGAAUCUUCAAAGAGCGAUGAACCAUUGAAAAAAUCUGCUGAGAAAAAGAAAAGGAAAAAAACACAAAGUAAUCACCCGGAAAACAGUAAUCAAAAGCCUUGUGAAACAUCAGCUGAAACACAUAAGAACAAGAAAACACUUUCUGUUAGUUUAGAAAAACAGGAAACUAAGGAAGCUAACACUGAAGAACUAUCAAAAGAAAACGACAAUGGAAGUAGUACCGCGUCUACUUUAGAGUUUGAUUUUCUGGUUGAAUUGAUUUAUAAACGUGAAAAAAAAGAUAAAAAACACAGUUCUAGAAUAAACAAAGAGAAGAAGAAAAAAUCGAAUGUUGAUAAUCCCAGCUUACGAAAUGAAACCACAGAAGAGGCUAAUAAUAAAGUUGAGUACAAUGAAAAUUCAGAUUGCGAUGACAUAGGUCUUCGCCAGAUAUGUAGUGCUAGCGAUGUAGAUGUACCUAUAAAUGUAUCAGAUAAUCCUAACUUGCCAACUAAAAACACCAAAGAGGUGAGUACUAUAGACAAAAUAUCAUACACUAUUCUUGAUGCAUGUAAGGUUGAGUACAAUGAAAAUUCAGUUUGCGACAACUUAGGUCAUCGCCAGACUUGUAAUGCCAGCGAUGUCGAUAUAAAAAGAACAGAUAAUCCAAGCUUGCGAACCAUUAGCACAAAAGAGGCAAGUAAUAAAGACAAAACAUCGCUCACUAUUCUCGACGAAUGUAAAGUUGUCUACAAUGAGAAUUCAGAUUGCGAUAACUUAGGGGCUCGCCAGAUAUAUAGUUCUAGUGAUGUAGAUGUACCUAUAAAAGUAGUUGAAAAUACAAAAUCGAAUACAACUCUUAGCAAGAACGAGCUUCGUCAAUCUUUUGAAGGAAAAUCAAAUAUUAAUAGCGAAAAGAUUGAUGGCAAUAAUUCUGAUGAAAUUGUAAGACAAUCAGAAAAUAGUAAAAAUAUUUCAUCAACUAUAUCCUUAAAACAUGGCAAAAAACCAGUAAUGCGACGAUGUCGAUCAAAAUCUCUUUUGGUUAAAUCUACCUCAGGAACAUAUGAUCCUUAUGAUAUUAAUUUAUUAGAUACGGAUACAGACGCAGAUCCCUUUUCAAACAGGGAAUCAUUAAGUAACUCUGCCAUUCCAAAGAAAACAAGCAAAAGUUCUAUUGAUAGAGACACUGUAGUUAAAACAGUCGAUUCGAGUACUCCAUCAAGUAACAUUUCACAUUCCGAAAGUAAUGAUCUAAAUAAACAUGAAAAGCAAGACUCGGUAAACCUUCAAACAGCUAAGGAACUUCCUUGUGAUUCUGAUGAAUCUUCUAAAAGCGAUGAACCGUUGACUAAAUAUAUUGAGGAAAAGGGCAAGAAGAAAUCAGAAAAGAAUGAAGAGCCACAUAAAGCAUUGCUUAAAAGAAAGAAGAAAACACUUUCUGUAACUUCAGAAAAACCUGAUCCAGAUAACGGCCAUGACGAUAACGAAGAGAGAAUAAGAUCAGAGCAGUUUAUGGAAAGUUUUGGAUUCUUUUCCGAAAGAAAGCCUCGAAAAUCAAAUCUGCUAGCUACAAAGAAAAUAUCAGAAACAUACAAUCUUAUAAACUCAUUUCGUGAACCCGAGGAUAAAUCGAACAAGAAAAAUGUGCACUCUGAAAAUAGGAAAACGGCGGAUGAUGAAGGUAAUCUCAAAAAAUCUUUUAAUACAUCUAAUAAAACAAUUUCGAAACGUGGUAGGAAAAAGAAAAUUUCUACUAAAAUUGAAACUUCCUAUUGUGAAGCAUGUAGGAAAAAAUUUAGUAGGCCAGAUAAUUUUUUGCGCCACCUACUGUCACUUGAGCAUGUGUCCCGUCUAUCUGAUGUAGAAUUGAAAGUUAAGAACGUACCUACAAAUGAAGACAUUAAUUAUUUAGUUAUAUACAAGCAACAGUUAGAUCGUUUAAAUGUUUUGCAAGAUAAAAUUUCUAGAAGAAAAAAAUAUAGUAAAUCUCUUGAAAAUAUUGCAUUACCAACAUUAGAGGAUAUUAUUGCAGAUGUUACGAGGACGGUCAGACAGCAACAACUUGCACAUCGCGGUCUCAGUAGAGACGAGGCUCUUUUUCUAGAUUGUUGUGAACUUCUAAAUGCAAGUCAUAAUGAUGAUGGACCAGGUAGGGCUAAAGAAUCAUCAGAUUGUAAAAUAAAAUGUUAUACCUGUGUACAGACUUCGGCUGAUUGUUUAAAUUUAUUAGAAAAACGUAUUAAUGAUAUUUUAGAAGAAAAAUGUGAUGAUGGUGAUGUAGAUUCUAUUACAGCUCAAGAUAUUAUGGAAAGUGAAGAGGUUCGAAACUUAGAAAAUGAUUUGAUUACUGGUUUAAAAGAGGCAGCAGCAAGCGCAAGUAAUUUUAAAGCUAAACCAAUAACUACAUGUACGCCUGAGGAAGGAGUUGAUACUAAACAAGUGAAUAGUAAUGAACAUCCUAAAGAUGUCAAUAUCAUCAAACAAUCGGAAGAAAUAAAAAGUAAGAAAGCAUAUGAGGUAAAAGAAAAAAUGUAUCCCGAUGUUAUUGAAGACAUUGACAUGUUUGAGGAUAAAUUUGAUAAAAUUAAAAGGAAAUGUAGAUCUCAGGCAGCUAAGCAGACCAAGUAUGUGGAAACUAGCAUAAGUUCUAAAAGCCGUAAGAAAGUCGAAAAGAAAAAAAGGAAGAAGCGUCUCAAAAAGAAUAGCACCCAUGGCGCGGUUCCCACUAAAGGCGCUUUAAAAGGUUUUGAAGGUGUAAAAGUAUCAAUUUUAACAUCUGAUAUCAAUAUGGCGUCAAUUCUUCCUCCUUUAUCAACACCUGCAAAAAAAAAGAAACGAAAUAACAAACGAAAAAAAGAAAGAAAACAUUCAGAAAAUCUUAAAAAUGAUAGCGAUCAUAAAAGUAAAGAUACUCAAAAAAAAGUUGACGUAUACGAAUUUAUGGACAGUGAAGAGGCUGAACCGUUUGAAUUCAGACCUUCUACUUUAAUGGAGCGUUUUAAGACUAUAAAAGACGUCAAACCCAGUACUUCAAAGUCGCAGCCUAUUGAUAUUGACCCGGAAGUCUCUACUGAAAGUGUAUCUGAUGGUGAUGAUUUUGUUUAUAUGUCAGAUGACUACAUUUGCAGCGAUGCUGAGACUGAGAAUAGUUUAAUGUCUUGUGAAUUAGGAAACACCAAAAAUUCGUCUGAAUUUAAAAAAUCAUUAUCUACACCGAAAAGAAAAGACACAACUGAGAAAAGUGCAGUUAUGGGAAAAAUAUUUAAGCACAAUGCCGUUAGAGCUGAGAAAAAAAUUGCGAAAACAAAAGAACCUAUAAAGCCAAAAGCAAAUUUGGACCAACUAUUUGACAGUUUACUAGAAGAACCUAAUUCACCAAUAACAUCAUCCCCUAAAAAAGAAGAUUUAUACAAUUUGGAAUCUUCGUUUUCUCAUAGUAGUGAAAUCUCCAAACGCGGUAGUAAGUCUGUUAAAUGCCAUGAAGAUGAUGGUCCCGAUGAUUCUGAUUCGGAACGGUCAAGAAAAAUAGAAAGAAGUCCUACUCCAGAAUCUUUUACAAGUCUAACUUCACAACAUAAAAGAAGAGGAUCCCAAAACUCGUCUUCAAAAGAAAAAGAGUUUUCCACUGAUAAAGAAGAUGACAAUCUAGCAAGCUGCAGUCCUUCAACAUCUAAAGAUAAAAAUAAAUUAAGCUUUAAACAUACGUCACGUAAAAAGAAAGAAGCGUUGUAUGAAAACUAUGAUGAUAAGUCGUUCAAAUACGAAACCAAGCGAGUUAACACUAUCUCUCCGAAUAAUGACGACGUCGAAUCGCUUUUUGGGGUUGACGAAUCAUCGGCUGAUGAUAAUGACAGUCUUACAGAUGAUAAUAGACAUAAAUCGAAAGAAAAAAAAUUUGGAAUGAAAUCUACUGACACAGACAUAGAAAAUAACAGUUUUGACUAUACCGACGAACCUAUUAAUACUUAUGAUGACACGGGAGUGGCUCGACAAAGGGCCCGUCGUAAGUGUACUGUGGGAAAACAAAAUGUUUUGGCUGAGACUUGGAGUUCAGAAUCUGAGCCUGAUGGAAUCCCGCCAAGGCCUAAUAGUGCCGAUUCUGUUGCUGCUGGAACGAGUCGUAAGAAGAAAAAUAGAAAAAAAGACGGCCAUGCGCUUGGGAUUCGUAAGAGCGGCAACCGACAAGUAUCGGUGAAACGUGAAGCGCAUUGCAGCAAUCGAAGCAACCGAAAUUCCUCGGAAAGUAUUUCGAGAGUAGUGCCAACAACGAGACCAAGUGCGGUGUGUUCCUCGAGCACAAAGGCACGCACUCGCCCUUCACCCUACUACUGGUCGGAUGAACAGGAGCCCGAACACGUUCAGCAACACGGCUGGAUCGUUGGAGACAGCCAUAAGAAACUUGUCACUAUGUUGGCCCACGCUAAAGGUAAGCGAAAUAAUGACCAUAAAAGAAACUUGGUUGAGUAA